AUGACGAGCUUGUCUACCGUAGAUGUAUCCUACAAUGAACUGGACGGCCCUGUUCCUGAUAGCCCAGCUUUCCGAAGAUACCCGGCGGAGUGGUUUGUCCAUAACAUUCAUCUGUGUGGAGUUGUUCGAGGAUUGCCUCCGUGUGUUACACUCGGUACUCCAACAACAGAGGAUCGAAGCAAGCGCCACAAAAUUGUUAUAGUAACCAUCAUUGCUUCUGUGGUCUUCUUCCUUCUCUUGUUUAUAUUCAUUGGAGCAUUCCGCAAGAGAGAAAAAGAUACAGUACCUGUUGAUAAUAAUCACAUCAAAGAAGGUGCAUUCUGUAUAUUGAAUUUUGUUGGAAGAGACGUAUACAAGGACAUCAUCGAAGCCACCGAAGAUUUCGAUGCCACGUAUUGUAUCGGAAGCGGUGCGUACGGCAGUGUCUACAGAGCAGAGUUAGCAAGUGGGGAACUGCUAGCAGUGAAGAAUAUUCACCUACCAGACACUGAAGGUACAUGCGACGAGAAACCCUUUCAAACUGAGAUAAAAACUCUGACUCAAAUUCGACAUCGCAAUAUCGUCAAGCUUUACGGGUUCUGCUCCUCUCCCCGACGCAAAUUUCUGGUGUACGAGUACAUGGAGAGAGGAAGUCUGGGAUCUGUCCUCCGAAGCGAGACUGCAGCUGAAUUGGACUGGGUGAAGAGGGUGAGCAUCGUGAAGGAUGUUGCUCGUGCUCUGUUCUACAUGCAUCAUGACUGCACACCGCCUAUCGUUCAUCGAGAUAUUACCAGCAACAACAUCCUACUUGAUUCCGAAUUCAAGGCUUGUGUUUCCGACUUUGGAAUUGCUCGACUACUGAAGCUGGAUUCAUCAAAUUGGACCAUGCUUGCAGGCACACGGGGUUACCUAGCACCAGAGCUUGCUUACACAAUGAGAGUAACCACCAAAUGUGAUGUGUACAGCUUUGGUGUGGUCACGCUUGAAUUACUAGUAGGAGCAUAUAGAGAAGAACUUAUCUCCAUUCUGUCAUCGCCGUCUGGUAACAAUGUCUUCGUGAAAGAUGUAUUAGACCAACGGCUAUCUCUUCCUGUGGCUCGAGUUGCAGAUGAAGUAAUUGCAGUCUUAACAGCGGCACUAAGUUGUGCCAACAACAGCCCAGAAUCGCGCCCAACGAUGAAGCAAGUCUAUGAAAAUAUAUGUGCUGUCCAGGCACCACAGGGUUGUCGGUCUCUUGAUGCGCUGAGGCUUUCCGACUUGAUGAAUGCAGACAUAUGA